CAUGCACCCGAGCUUGAGGAUGGAGACGAGAGUUGUCUAAGGAGAUAUGGGACUCCGUGCAAGGAUAACUCGCGAAAUCUCUCAACAAGACAUUCUUCCGUCGUCGAAGUACCGACAGCAAUGGACGAUGGGAGCAGUUCUGUUGUCCAACGGACACCAGAAGAAGUCUGGUGGAUGAUCCUUGACGAUGUGAUCGAUGAACCACUAUUGUAUGCCACUAGUUAUAAAGGAGGUGACUGGUUCAAUGAUGGACACAUGUCAAGGCAGGAGUUUUAUGAUCGAUAUGAGAAACAAAGAAAGGUCAUCGGUUCUGUAUGCCGACUAUGGCAAACUUUCGCGCGAUACAAGAAGUUUCAUAGAGUAGGAUUGAAGGAUGAUACUGAUUGGGAUCAAGAGACGACGGGAAAGGCGCGCCACGUCUUACUCCAUUCGUCCUCCAUACUCUCUCGGUUUGCACCAGGUACGAGUGUAGAAUGGGAGUCCCUCGGACUAGAACUCUCAGAGCAGCUUCCUCGACUCGUUUCGAUGCUCUCAUAUCCCCGCCUUCGACGUCUUGAACUAUCCUUAACAGAACACGUCUCACAGCCCCACCUCCUAUUUACAGAGAUAUUAGGCGUAUUUCCAGAGAUAAAUUGGCUCGAUCUUAACGUCUCCCUCGACUCGGUACCAAACCAAUUUGUUCACACUCCUCCAUCGUUUAUCGAGCUGGAGUUCCUUGAGGCUGGGAAAAUCAUGCCGGUAAGGCCGGAGUAUGUCCAGUAUAGGAAGUCGCCAGAUGUACAUAUCAAAAAGAAAAUAAAGGUAUCGAAGGGACGGAAGGACGAAAUUGGGUAG